AUGAAUGAGAGUGAAAUAGAGUUGGAUAUUGAUCCAGGAAAAUGUGAUCAAACUGAGGACAUAAAAUGUAGUCAUAAAGAGCAUACCCCCCUUAAUUCAUAUGAUUCAUAUGAAUAUACCUUUACUAAAGGCUCAGUUCAACUAAAAUCGUUAUCGUAUGGUGAUAUCAGCGAUUCACUCUUGGUUCUGCAGAUUAAUGUUAAAGUGCAGUAUUCUUACUAUGUAAAGAGAGAUCCUGAGAAAGAAAUAGGUAGUAAUACGAUAUUUGAUGAAUUUGCAUCAAAGAAUACAUCAUUAGAUUCACAAGAAUUGGAGGAAUUGUUGAGAGAUGUAUAUAAUAACGAACGAGUUGAAUACUACGAUCUUGGGAAAAAACUACGUGAGAAGCUUUGGCCAAAAAAUGGCAUAUGUUUUAACCUUGCCAGCAAACUUAUUACAGAUGCAAAAUACACAUCAGACGUCACAGGAAUACAAGUUACCGUAGCAAAGAGCACAAUAACAGGUGGAUAUAAAAGGGUCAGGCAUACUCCAACCUCUGCUCCGUUUUACAUUAAAGAACUUAAAGGUACCAAUGAACAACCGAUAACUUUAGAUAACGGUUUUCCAAAUGAAUUACUUGCUGGUUUUAGCGUGUAUUAUGGAAAGGAUGAUAGUGAAUAUGGUGACCCACUUUUGAUAAUCUUGGAAGUUGGAAAAAAAUUAGAAAAUAUCCCUGGAAAGUAUAUCACCUCAAAGAAUAAGGAUACUACAAACUGGAACGUUAUAAGAGUCAAAGAUUCUACUAUAGAUGAAAUAGAAUUAGAGAAUAUCCUUAAGAAUAUAGAAGGAAAUAAAUGUCUUUAUAUUGAUACUUUAGAUGUUACUCUUAAGAGUAAACUUGCGGACAUUACAAAAGAACUCAUCAUAAAUCUGGAAGAGGCACGAAAUAUGUUUGGAACAUAUGAUUCUGGUGAUGAUAAGAUGAUUCCCUAUAAAAGGAUAAUAUCCAGAGAAUACACUUCCGUUGCACAUGCUGAUACAUUUACUAGCUUUACGAUCAAAGAUAUUAAAGUAACUUCUGAUGUAAGUGUUUCAGGUGUUCCACUUCCUACAAGUGGCAGUAGGCUCUCAAAGCUGAGAGCAUUUUAUAAUGGUUCAACUAUAAAGGAUCCUCUCCUAAUAUACAUACUGGAAAAUGGUGGAAAUAGUAUGUGGAUAUACAGAUACUCUGGUGAUAAGACAUGGGUCGUUCCAAGUGGAGACACUACUCCAGCAAGUGAUGUAGAUUCCGAUAAGAUAACCAAACUCCUAGAGCAGUAUUACACCCCUAAUGUUGUAAUAAACCUCGAUAUUUGCGCUCCGUAUAAUCCAGAAGACAAUACUCUCCGAUUCAACGUGAAUAAGAGAAAUCUUAAAGACUCCAAAUACUAUGGAUUUACACAUACUGCACCAUCAGCACGAUCAUUCAGAGUUAAGAGUGUUUGCCAUGGAACUACACUUAGUGGACUAUCCUCAGAAACUCCUCUAAAGAGUAUUGCAGCCUACUACCUUGGAGAGGGUCAUACACUUGGUAAGCUCCUAAUGGUUGAACUGGUGAGCGAAGAAGACAAGUAUAGUUAUUACAUGAGACAGAACAGAGACCCAACUAAAUGGACAGCUCUUGAUCGGACAGAAAAACUAGGGGAUGAUGAACUCAUCCAAAAACUCAAUGAGUUGGUAGUGGCAUACUUUCCUCCUCCACCUGAUCCCAUACCACCCAUUCCACCAGCUACUACAGACAAUACAUCUACAGGAGGUGUAGAAACUGGAAAGCAUUCAAGGUCUACGAGAUACUAUCAAGUUGCGGGCGCAGCAAUAGUUGGAACCAUCAUUGGCAUUUCCAUUCUAUGCUUCGUAAUAUGGAAGUUCACCCCCGUAUCAAGAAUGUACAUCGUCAACAGGGACCCGCUCCUCUAG